CAGAGUUUUGGGAGUGCAUAUAAUCAACAUAUUAUCGAAGGUGCUUAGAUAUUGAUCCUGUAUUCCGAGGUAGUUCAAAUUCGCCUCUACUGGACCUUAGGGUUUGACCUUUUUUCCCCCGUGCUUGUUGGAGAAUAAUUCACGCUUAAAAUGCCGAAGAGAAAGAUUCUAGAGACUUCUGAGGGCAAGGAGGCCUCCAAAGUCACAAAGCAAGAGCCCCCCAGAAGGUCAGAGAGAUUGCAAUCGAAACCUGGUCCAGCCAAGCCUGAGGCCAAGCCCAAGAAGGCCAUUGUGAAGAAAGUUGCGGACGAUAAGGGUUCUAAGGCAAAGAAAGUCGGCGCUAAGGGUAAGAGGGAUGACGGACCGGCCCAGAACGGAGAGCGCAAGACCAACGAGAUCUACGUGUCUCGUCCGUCCGUCAGUGUGUCUUUCAUCAGAAGCACGGCUCCCUCCUUGAUGUCAGUGAGAGGGCAGAGUGAGACAGUCAGAGUUAAGGACAGCCGGCUCUACCAGAAGAGGCAGAGGAAAUAAGAGGAGAUGAUACCUGCAUAUACUAAAGGAGUUAUGCGUUUCAGUAUCUGAGGCAGCGGAGGAGGCGACUGAGGAGAAGGCGUAAACACACGGACGUAUCCACCGACUCGUCCCUUCUGACACCAUGGCAGCAAAGCAUCUUUUUUUACUGACGAUUUUUGUACCAUGCUGAUUUUUUUUAGACUUCUUAGUAGAGAUGGACAACCAGCAGCAUAAUGUUCACACUCCUUUCAGCUCCCCUUACCUUACACUAUGUUUUUACUCGAUUCUCCUCCCUAUUGCGUUCUGAAUCGCUGUCUCAGAAACGGAAUGAAGUGUUUUUAUCAGACGGCUG